AUGCCCACUUCUCUCUCUCUUUUAUUAAUACCUCUCUCUUUCUCAGCAAUUUUCCUUUUGUCCUCAGAAUCACAAAAUUUUUCAACUCACUCUUAUCCCCACGUAUCCCGUCUCUCUCUCUAUCUCUCAACAAUCCCUCCUAUCUCUCUCUCUCUCUCUCUCUCUCAGCUGUUGUACUGUAAAACUACUAAAACCGUUACCAUCCGGACCCUCUCCCCCCAGUCUUCCCACACCGACCAUGACUGGUCUUGUUCUCCCCUUCUCUCUUUCUAUCCACGCCUCUCACCCAUCACUCCGGUCUCCAGACAAUGUUUAAACAAAACUAUCGAUCGAUCCCAGCUAAUUCUUUGUCCUAUUUUAGACUACCUGACAAAAACAACCUGUCCCUUGCCGGGAUGGGGGUGCAGGGGACUUGAUUUAUAUUUAUCUCUCUCACUCUGUCCACCUUCUCUUUCUGAAUUAAUCUCCCCCACCUCCCAUUUGCCCUUUUCUCUACCCCCCCCGUUUGCCUUUCUUUCUCUCUCUCCAUUUGCCUUUCUCUCUUAUUAUCAUUUUGAUCCUUCUCUCUCUCUCACUCAGUCUAUAGCUGUGUCUAUUUCAAGUUCCUUUUUUAAGUUAUUUUUCAUUUCUCUUUCACUUCAUCUCCCCCUUUUUUGUCUCAAUUUGUUCUUUUCCUCUAGUGUGUCUUUCUUUAAAUCCCCCUCCCCGUUCAUUUCUCUAUAUAUUACUUACUCUUUAUGUCUCUUUGUCUCCUUGGUCUGUUUCUUUCUCUCCCCGUUUUUCUUUCUUUCUUUCUCUCUGUUUUUCUUUCUCUCCCCGUUUUUCUUUCUUUCUUUCUCUCUGUUUUUCUUUCUCUCCCCGUUUUUCUUUCUUUCUUUCUCUCUGUUUUUCUUUCUCUCUCUGUUUUUCUUUCUCUCUCUGUUUUUCUUUCUUUCUCUGUUUUUCUUUCUUUCUUUCUGUUUUUCAUUCUUUCUCUCUCUCUUUUUCUUUCUUUCUCUCUCUUUUUCUUUCUCUCUCUGUUUUUCUUUCUUUCUUUCUCUCUCUGUUUUUCUUUCUUUCUCUCUCUGUUUUUCUUUCUCUCUCUGUUUUUCUUUCUCUCUCUGUUUUUCUUUCUUUCUCUUUUUCUUUCUUUUUCACUCUGUUUUCCUGUUUUUCUUUCUCACUCUGUUUUUCUUUCCUUCUCUCUCUGUUUUUCGUUCUUUCCUUCUCUGUUUUUUGUUUUGUUUUUCUUUCUCUUUCUUUCUUUUUUCUUUCUCUGUUUUUCUUUCUUUCUAUCUCUUUCACUUUUCUCACCUCCCACCCCUCCAUUCCACAAACAGGGAUCACUUUUCUUCUUUGGUUACACACACAGAUACACACAAGCACAUGUUCCAACCCUCCACUUUCACCCAAAUACUCUUUCUUUCUCACCCAAUUUUUUCUCUCAAAAAGUCCACCUUCUUUUUUUUAAAGGCACAGAAACUUAUGAAGGAGACGAAUGGGGAGGGGCAACUUGCACUCCUCAGUUUUAAAGCCAACACAACAUUCCAAUCACCUUCUCUGUCUACAAGACACACACCCCAUUUGAUCCCGCUUUUCCUUUUCUUCUUUUUUUCGUUAUCUUUUCUUCACCCUCUCUCUCUAAAUCCAUCUUAUCUGUUCCUGAUUGUCCCUAUUUCUCUUUCUCUCCCUCUGCAUCUGUCUAUUCAACCAUCCAACCAAAUUUGUUCAUUUCCUAUCUAUCUAUCUAUCCACAUCAGUUUGUUCCUGCCUGUCUAUCUCAUUCCUAUUUCAAUCUGCUCACAUCUAUCUAUCUAUCUAUCUAUCUAUCUAUCUAUCUAUCUAUCUAUCUAUCUAUCUAUCUAUCUAUCUCAGUCUGUUCCUUCUUUCCUAUCUAUCUAUCUAUCUAUCUAUCUAUCUAUCUCAGUCUGUUCCUUCUUUCCCCUAUCUAUCUAUCUAUCUAUCUAUCUAUCUAUCUAUCUAUCUAUCUAUCUAUCUCUCAGUCUGUUCCUUCUUUCCCAUUCUAUCUAUCUAUCUAUCUAUCUAUCUCAGUCUGUUCCUUCUUUCCCAUCUAUCUAUCUAUCUAUCUAUCUAUCUAUCUAUCUAUCUAUCUAUCUAUCCUUCUGUUCCUUCUUUCCUAUCUAUCUAUCUAUCUAUCUAUCUAUCUAUCUAUCUAUCUCAGUCUGUUCCUUCUUUCCUAUCUAUCUAUCUAUCUAUCUAUCUAUCUAUCUAUCUAUCUAUCUCAGUCUGUUCCUUCUUUCCUAUCUAUCUAUCUAUCUAUCUAUCUAUCUAUCUAUCUAUCUAUCUAUCUAUCUCAGUCUGUUCCUUCUUUCCUAUCUAUCUAUCUAUCUAUCUAUCUAUCUAUCUAAGGCUUAUUUAGAUUAUUUACAUUUGUUCACAUCUACUACAUCUAUUUUAAUUUGUUCAAAUCUAUCUCAGUUUUUAUAUCUAUCUGUCUAUCUAUUUAAGUCUUCAUAUCUAUCUGUCUAUCUAUUUAAGUCUUCAUAUCUAUCUGUCUAUCUAUUUAAGUCUUCAUAUCUAUCUGUCUAUCUAUUUAAGUCUUCAUAUCUAUCUUGGUCUGUUCAUAUCUAUCUAUCUAUCUAUCUCGGUCUGUUCAUAUCUAUCUCAGUUUGUACAUUAUCUGUUUCUAUCUAUCUAUAG